UUCGUUGUUCUCGUUGCUGAUGCCGGCAUAGUCAUCCUGCUGACGUUAGCUAAAAAGCCAUACAAUCGCCGAUUUUUUCUCGAAAAGAAAGAAACCAAGAGUUAAUCACGAGUUCAGAUCAACAAUCGUAGUCUUCACCAAGAUAAUUUGUUGGAUAGAAAACUCAAAAUGGCUCUAGUACCUCUAGAAUCCAAUCCUGAGGUCAUGACCAAGUUCAUUCAUCAACUUGGGGUACCAGAGAAAUUCUCUUUGGUGGAUGUUUAUGGAUUGGAUCCUGAUUUGCUUGCUAUGGUCCCCAGACCAGUGCUUGCACUGAUUCUAUUGUAUCCAGACAGUGAAAAGGCUGCCGCAUAUACAGCAGAAUUAAUAGCCAAAAUCAAGGAAAAAGGCCAGGAAGUUUCACGAAAUAUCUUUCAUAUGGAGCAGUCUGUAUCCAAUGCCUGUGGAACUGUUGCCCUAGUGCACGCAAUUGCUAAUAACCAAGAUCAGAUUGAUCUUCAAGAUGGUAUACUGAAAACAUUCCUGGAGAAAGCUAGAGAUUUAUCUUUCUCAGAGCGCGGUGAAUUGUUAGUAAACACUGCCAGUGGAAUCAUUGACGCGCAUGAACAACUAGCACAGGAGGGACAGACCCAAGCUCCACAGGAGGAUGCCCCGGUUUAUCAUCAUUUUGUAGCAUAUGUUGAGAAGGACGGAUCAUUGUAUGAAUUGGAUGGCAGAAAACCAUUCCCCAUCAAUUAUGGACCAACAACAAAAGAUCAGCUGUUGGAAACUGCCACGAAAGUCUGCGGAGAAUACAUGGCAAGAGACCCUGAUGACGUUCGCUUCACCAUGAUUGCACUUGUCGCCAACGAAUAAAGCAUCUUGUAUUAAAAACAAAACAAAUCAAAUACCAAUACUCUACUUUGGCUUUUGAAGGGAUUCACACCCCUAUGAGAGAGUGCGCGGAAAUAUUGCAUUUAUGUAUUAGAAAUGCUUAUGGCGGUGUAAAAAGGCAACGCUGGAUGUUCUGAAAGGAGAAAAUAUUCUGGAGAAAAGAAAAAAUUUAAUACAUGUUUUUAAAAGACUUGAAAUAUACAUACAUGUUUCUAUGGAA